AUGGCCAAACAUAUGGAAAUAAAAUAUGACGUCGUUGAUAACCUAAGAGAUUCUCUGAAGACGUUCGAGGCCGAGAUAUCCAUAACAAAUACCGGCCCGGAAACGAUCCCCGGUCAGGGCUGGGAGAUCUACUUCUGUCAUCUGAACCUUCUGGAGCCGGAGUUCCUGCCAUCUGCUGAAGGAGCAGUCCUGCAGUCGUACGGCGUCAAGUUUCUCCACACCCAGGGAUGUUUGUUCAAAAUGGUCCCGCUUGAAAACUUUGGCCCAAUCACGUUUGGCGAAACACGACGCGUCCGCUUUCUGUCGGAGAACUACUCGGUGUCCAAAUCCGAUGGAAUACCCAACUGGUACGUGUCCGCGCCGGGCCUGGAACCAAGAGUUAUCGUCAGUACCGCAGGCGAAAGUCUGGACUUUGUCGGCGAUUUUGACACGCCCCAGAAAUGGAAGCGAUACGAUUACCUGACGGACGAGGCGGAGGGCCACGAUCGAUACGAUCCCAUCACCCCUCGAGUGAGGUACGCCACGAAUAACGUGCGGGACAUGCAGAAGACGGGGAUGCCGCUCAUUCCCACUCCCGUGGAGGUCGCCAUUGACGAAACCGAAACUCUGAGACUCGACACCAAGGACUGGUGCAUUGUUACGUCACGAAGAUUUGACGCCGAAGCUCGGUAUCUGGCAGAACGUCUCGGGUUUGCAAUCCAAUCGAAGAAGCCCCACAGCAGAUACAUAAGCUUUACGGAAACAGACUUGCAGGUGUCCAUCAAAAACCAGGAAUCACGACGUCCAGAGUCGUACACGCUGUCUGUGGACCCAGCUAAGGGCGUCGUCGAGAUCGGCGCCAGGGACGAGCCGGGGGCCUUCUAUGCUAUCCAGACACUGCUGGCGCUGAUAGAUGACAAGCGGCGGCUGCCUAAAGUCACCAUCAAAGAUGCUCCCAGGUAA